UACUUUACUGGUAAAAUCCAAUUUGAGCAUUUUCCCCUGAAGAAUUUGUGCAUUUCUCCCACACAUUUCGUAGGCAUGAGCUCUCAGAUAACAUGUGUUGGUUGGGUUAAGCGAGGAGUUUCUAAGGAAACACCAGAAAAGGUGGAGUUGAGCAGAGAUGAAUUACAACGCAUUAUAUCUGAGGCAAAAGACCAGUUAGAAGAGCAGGAUAAAGAUGGUGAAGAGGAUGAGGGAAUGGUUAGCGGACAGGAGAUGAAUGACGAGGCAGACGUUCAAUCGGAGGAACUAGAAGAAAGAAAGGCAGGACGGGAUGAUGACGAAGACAACGAACUGGCAGAGUAUGGCUUGGAUAGAUACGAUGAGGAAGACACAGCCACAGCAAGCCUUGGCAACAGUCUGGCUGGCCUCACGGUGUUUGGUACCAAUGAAGAGGAUCCCUACGUCACAAUCAAAGACACGGAACAAUAUGAGCGGGAAGAUUUCCAAGUUAAGCCCAGUGACAAUCUAAUUGUUGCAGGCAGGGCUGAGAAAGACUGUUGUAACCUGGAAAUCUAUGUGUACAAUGCGGAUGAAGACUCUCUAUAUGUCCACCAUGACAUCCUGCUACCUGCCUAUCCGUUAUGUGUGGAGUGGUUGGACUUCGACCCCAACCCAGGAGAGAAAUCUGGGAAUUAUGUUGCUGUUGGAAAUAUGACACCCCAGAUUGAUGUUUGGGACCUUGAUGUAGUGGACUGCCUCGAACCCAUCUUCUCUCUCGGGAGCAAGAAAGCAAGCAAAAAGAAGAAGAAAAGCAAAAAGGGUGCUGCAGCUGAGCCAGUGGAGGGUCAUACCGAUGCAGUGCUGGACCUGUCCUGGAACAAGCUGGUCCGGAAUGUUCUGGCCAGUGGCUCUGCAGACAACACCGCGAUCCUCUGGGACUUGAUGCAGGGCAAACCGGCCACCACCCUAACUCGGCACACGGACAAGGUUCAGACCCUGAAGUUCCAUCCUUUUGAGGCACAGACACUGAUUUCUGGGUCUUAUGAUAAGUCAGUCAUCCUGUACGACUGCCGCAGCCCUGAAAGCAGUCAUCGCACUUGGAGGUUCAGCGGUCAGGUGGAGAGGGUCGUGUGGAACCACUUCUCACCUUGCAACUUCCUGGCCAGCACAGAAGAUGGCUUUGUAUACUGUCUUGAUGCACGUUCUGACAAGCCGGUCUUUACGCUCAGAGCUCACGACGGCGAGGUGUCAGGUCUAGAUCUGAGUAGCCAGGUGAAGGGUUGCUUAGUGACAUCUUCAGCUGACAAACAUGUGAAGAUCUGGGACAUCCUGGGUAACAAGCCUACCCUGGUUCACUCACGAGACAUGAAGAUGGGGGUGAUGUUCUGUGCGUCAUGCUGCCCAGACCUGCCCUUCGUGUAUGCUUUCGGGGGACAAAAAGGUGGCCUUCGCGUUUGGGACAUCAGUGAUACAGCAGUAGUGUCUGCAACCUUCAACAGUCGGGAGCGGCUUGUGGCGAGAGCACAGAGCGACGAUGCGGCAGGAUCCAGCAGCUUGGCAGACAUGGAGCUGUCAUAGAACCCCAUCCCUUCCCAGCAAACCUUGAAUCCAGGGUUCACUCCCUCCCACCAUGUGGGGCGUGACACAGGAGACGGGACGCCUGUCUGAACCGUGAUGGAGCUUCAGAAAGCAACUGUGUUGCGAUUUUUCUCUUAAAAGGUCUAUAGGAUCUACAAUUCCACCAAGAGGGCCACCUCUCAGAAUGAGGAAACAGACUGCAGUGUUGGUUUUGUCACAUACUUGUGAUUGUAAAUGUCUACAUCAGAUCAAUUAAAACAAAAAAUAUUUUAA